AUGCAACAAAAGAUCAAAGUGGCGAACGGAGGUGAGCAUCCUGGUCGCAGAAGAGGACGUGGCAGUCCUGAUGAUGACGUGCAUGGCGCUGCUAAUGGGCAGAAACGUUCUCCAUGCGCUAAUUUUCACGGUCCACAAUUCAAGCGUGAACGUGUGGAGAUUCUGCUGAACAAGACAUGUUCGCCGGAGAUCCGCAAGAUCAAUUUCGACUCGCAAGAUAUGCUGUACAGCUGGGAUACAUACGACAACACGCCGGAAUUGGUGUCUCUCAAGUUCACCAACCUGGACCAGAGACUGAACGGCCAGUCGCCCGUCGGCAAGUCUCUGUGCUGGUGGGUUCGUCCUGGAAGAUGCGCUAAUCCGGAGGCGCUGUGCUACCAAGGCAAAUGCCAGGCAAACAUCUUCUCGAAUGACAACAAGUGUUGCCCAGCCACGUAUGUGUCGAUAAGAGGAUGGGCUUGCACCAUGUUGCUCGACUCGGUUCAUCAGGGUUCCAGAUGCAUGCGGGAGAUGCAAGGAGCGCUGCUACGUUAUUCGCUAGAGGUCUGCUCGCUUCUCAUCAUCCACAUCUACCGCACUGCACCACAUCAAAGCGACCCCAUCACGGUAUAA